UUGGCGUGCUGUUUUCGAAGGCGAAAGGGGGGUAAGACGGCUAAGUUAGCAACCUGGUCACAGUUUUACUGGCUAUCGUACCUUCUUCAGUUGUUUGUUGUUUUGCUUACAAGCUAACUAGCUCUAGUAGUGGUUGUUGUAAUGGUUCCCAGGAUGUGCUAGGCAACUUACAAACUUAUUUCCAGGCUAGGUCGCUAACUAGCGAUAACUGCACUACGGUAUGGAAACUAAGCCAACUGACAGAAUAUGCCAUCAGUUGAACACCAGAGUGGGUCUGGUACUGUCGGGGAAAGCUUGGCUCUCCCUGCUUCCGCGAUGGCGGCUUGCGGUUGGCUGAAGGUCGCUGGAAGCUUCGCGGCGCCGGGUCCGUCCAGACUGCUCCGCCCGCUGGCUUUGUGUCCGAUCCCGGCCAGCAGGUGCCUGGCCUCUCGAACGUCGUCAUUGUGUCGACGAAUGAGUUCCAUAAGAAAAACAGACCACUUGGAGAGAACAGCCAACAACUCCCGACAGAUGGCUGUGUUCCCGGCGAAGGUUUGUGGGAUCAAGAACGAGUCGGACUCUGUGAGACGACUCCGUCUGUCCGUCCCCCAUCCGGAUUUCACCUUCAAAGCGGGGCAGUGGGUGGACUUCUUCAUCCCCGGCCAGGAGAAGGUGGGCGGGUUCUCCAUCUGCUCGAGCCCCGCCCUGCUGCGAGGGGAGGGUGUGAUUGAGCUGGCCGUCAAGUACGCCGUGCACCCGCCAGCCCACUGGAUCCACCGCUCGUGCAGGCUGGAUUCAGAGGUGGCCGUCCGAGUGGGCGGGGACUUCUUCUUUGACCCCGCCCCUACGGGCCCGGCGGUGGACCUGCUGCUGGUGGCGGGCGGAGUGGGGAUUAACCCUCUGUACUCCAUCUUGCUGCAUGCGCUGGACCUGCAGCGCCACCACCAGGCGGCAGGCCAGGGCUACAAGCCAGGAGCCGUGCAGCUCUGCUACAGUGCCAAGAACACCCAGGAGCUGCUGUUCAAGAGGUCGAUCGUGGAGGCCUGUCAGGAGUUCCCCGGAAAGUUCUUCUGCGACUUCCACCUCACGCGCCAGAGCGAAGCCGUGGACCCGCAGCUGCAGCCCUUCAUCAGCGGUGGCAGGAUAUCUGAGCAGGUUCUAAGGGAGCACCUGGAGAGGCUGGCGCGGGCGGGGCAGCGGGAGACUCUGUGCUACCUGUGCGGGCCGCCGCCCAUGAUCGAGAGCGUCUCCGAGCACCUGCAGCACCUGGGCCUGCCCCCCCACAGGAUCCUGUUUGAGAAGUGGUGGUAGCCCCGCCCACUGCCGGCCCGCCCCGCCCACCUACACCUGGAUCUCGGCGUCUGAAAUCCUCCCCUGCCUUCCACUGACAGAAUCACAGCGGUGUGAGCGCGGUCUGACCGUACUGCCGUACUGCCCCGGCCCACCCCGCCCUGCCCCCUGCCCCUGCACCCUGGCAUGCCCCCGCGGGGCACCUGAGCACACGUGUGCUGACUCCAGGCGUGUUGUAGGAGGCGUGUUGAAGGCGUGUUGAAGGCGUGCUGCAGGCGUGUUGAUUCGGCAGGACUCUUGUUUGCCACGUUGGAUUUUAUGGUUCACAUAUGGUUUAUGGAAGAAAUAUGCGCACAUCACCUUUUAUUUAUUUUCAAAUGAGAAUGUGUCAUGUUCUUUUUAAAAAAUAAUUUUUGUUAUAAUUAUGCAUUGUAAUAAUAUAAUAUAUAAUAAUAUAUAAUAAUAAUAACCGACAUAGCACAGUUAGUCAAAUGUAAUUAAAAAACAUUUUACCUCAAAAACAAACCAACCUUUUUAGGCUUUUUUUUCUUUUUCUGAAAUAUUCUGUUUUCAGGAUUUAUUUCUAAGCUCUUACAUAGAAUGCUGUUGUGUUUGUUGCCUGGGAAAUGACCUUCCAGAUGACCUCUUGCUCCUGAAUGCUCAGACAGGAGGGGUCUGUACAGAAACCAGAUGCUCAACACCUGCUUUCCUUCAGUCCUCUCUGCUUUUUAACCACAGGAGGUUCUUGCAGAUAGCAGGAUGGGUGUGGCCCAACCUGUGGUCCAACCCCUUUGUCAUCUGUUUUAAAUAUGAAUUAAAUUUGAACAUGUAAGUUUUAUCAGAAGAGAGUUUGAACUUUCAAUACUAUGGAAUUGAGUAUCUAGUUAGUCUGUAGAAUCUGUAUUAUAAUUCUGUGGGUUUUGCUCCUCUGGGUGAAGAACUGCACAAUUUCGCCUGCAUACAGAUUUUCAGUGAUUUUUAUAUUUAUAGUUUAGUUAUAGAGUUUUUCAAAUGUUGGACUGAUUUGAACUGAAAAUCUGAAGAACGUCAUAGGCUAACCAGUCGGCCGAAUGGUGUCAAAAGUGAACUAGCAGGUGCAAUUAUGCCUUAAUAAUUAAUCAUUAAUAUCAACCUCAUCUGUCAUUCAGAUGCAUGAGCAUCAAACAGCAACCAGCCACUCUUUCCGUUAAUUAAACAGAACUGAGAAUAGGAUCGGAAUGGGACAGAAAGGAUCGUGUGUGUGCUGUUGCGAAAGGGUAUGGUGUGGGAAGGGCAGCAGUGUUUGAUAAACAGAGGGGACAGAAUGAAGGAAAGUCGUCAAGAAGGGGGACAGAAACAUCGCGUGUGUCACUGGACAGGUCCUGCGAUCUUCAGACAGCUGCGCAGGAAACAAAAUGCUGUGUUUCCAAUCACUAAAAGGUUCACAUUCUUCAAAGACUGCUGUGCUGAGAGGUCCCUUUACAAGUUCGGGAUGUUUUAGGGUGCGUGUACGCGCACGUGAGUGUGUCCUGGCUAUUUUUAUUAUUUUUAUAGUUUUAUGUUUGAGAAGAGAAGAGGUGCAGCAGCGCUCCUGUUCAGAAGUGUUUUUUUUUUUUUUUUUUUUCUUGGGAGCGAAACCGCAAUGCCCUGCCCUGGACUGAAGCCUGCAGCCCUGAGGCUAACGGGCUCUACAGUGCGCUGCUCUGCCUGGCUGCCCUAAGGCUAACGGGCUCUACAGUGCGCUGCUCUGCCUGGCUGCCCUAAGGCUAACGGGCUCUACAGUGCGCUGCUCUGCCUGGCUGCCCUAAGGCUAACGGGCUCUACAGUGCGCUGCUCUGCCUGGCUGCCCUAAGGCUAACGGGCUCUACAGUGCGCUGCUCUGCCUGGCUGCCCUAAGGCUAACGGGCUCUACAGUGCGCUGCUCUGCCUGGCUGAGUUUCGGCCUCCUCGUACGCUCUGCCUCUCUCAGGGAGAACCUGGUCCGGUUCACAUCAUCCUCUUAUUACAGUUAACUACUCUUUAUUCCUGUGUUUUAUUCUUCGUUUUUUUUUAAACAGUUUUACAGCUAACCGCUGUGCCUCUAUGAAUUUUCUGUCUUCCCUUCAAAUUGCUAAUCUUAUUUUUUGGGGGGCGCGGCUUGGGGGGUGUGGCUAGGGGGGGUGCGGCUUGGGUGGUGAAAGUAUUUAUUGAACAUGAUUUUAUUUCCUUCAGAAAGAGCUGCACAGUAGAGCUGUGUGUUUGACGCUAUAUAGGCAUUAUGAACACUGGGUCUAAUCUAAAGUCGUAUAAAAUGUGUGUAAUACGUGUUGUUCCUGUGAUGUCCACCGGGUGGCAGUGUUUACCGUUACGGUUAACUGCAUCUCCAUGGCAACAUUCAGCAAAACAAAACCAACUGGAAACAGUGAUGAAAUAAAUAAUGUUUAUUCA